AUGACCCCUAAAACCGCUAUUAUUACAGGUGCAGCCCAAGGUAUUGGUAGAAGUAUUGCUUUGCGUUUAGCUACAAAGGGGUUCCAGAUUGGUAUAGCUGAUUUGGAACAACAAAGAGGAAAAGCCGGCGAAGUAAUAAAUGAAAUCAAAAAAAUAUACGCCACCGAUUCGUUGAGUGCCAAAGGACCAUUGUUACCACCCGUUUUUUACCCCGUCGACGUUAGUGACAAAAGUUCAGUUGUUGAAAUGGUCGAUGCGAUUGCUUCAAAAUUUGAUAAUCAUUUAGAUGUCAUGAUUAACAAUGCUGGAAUUGCAUCGAUUUCUAAACUUUUAGAUUGUACACCUGAACAAUUGGAUAAAGUUAUGAAAAUAAACGUAGGUGGUGUUUUGAAUGGUAUUCAAGCUGCCUCAGAAGUUUUUGUUAAGUAUAACAGAAACGGUAGCUACGAACCUUAUGAAAAUGGAAACAAAAUUGUUGGCAAGAUUAUCAACUGCUGUUCGAUUGCAGGAAAUGAAGCCUUUCCAAUUUUGCCAUUAUAUUCAGCUUCUAAAUUUGCAGUUAAAUCAUUAACACAGUCUGCCGCAAAAGAAUUGGCACCAUUGGGAAUAACUUGUAAUGCGUAUGCACCUGGUAUUGUUUUGACUAAAAUGUGGGAUCAUAUUGAUGAAGAAAUGCACAAAGUUAACGGAUUACCAAUUGGUGAAAAUUUGAAGAAAAGUAUCGAGUCUAUUGCCCUUAAAAGAGGCGAAACACCUGAGGAUAUUUCUGGUCUAGUGGCAUUCUUGGCUGGUGAUGAGAGUGACUAUAUUACCGGUCAAAACAUUUCAGUUGACGGCGGUAUUUGUUACAAUUGA